GGAAAGAGAGGAUUCAAAAGAAUCAAACCCAACUCUGUAAUUCCUCUGUUCCUCUCUCUCUCUCUAAUCUCUAAACCAAAUGGGUCUUCAAUCUUUCCCCAUCUCUGAAAUGGACACAACCGACGACAUGCACGAAGCAAUGUUCGCGAAACGAGGUUGUUGUUUCUUCCUCCCAUGUCUCGGAACAUCUCAGCCGUCCAGUCACGGAGGAUCUGUACUGUGGCAACGGAUCAGAACCGUUGAUAAACUUGAGCCUGACGACCGUUGGUGGAUCUCAGGGUGGAACAAGAUGAGGGAAUGGUCUGAGAUCGUGGCUGGUCCGAAGUGGAAAACGUUCAUCCGCCGCGUAGGACGGAGUCAGUGCUGCGGUGGCUCCGGAGACGGCGGUGGUAGUAGGCCGGAUCAGGUUGGUUUCAGGUAUGAUUCUUGGAGUUACUCGUUGAAUUUCGAUGAUGGUAAACAGACGGGUCAUUUUGAAGACGAGUUUCCUUACCGUGAUUAUUCGAUGAGGUUCACUUCGCCGUCUCUGCCUGUCUCCACCAAAUGCUCUAUUGAUUUCGACAAUGACAACUACGCGCCACCGCAGCUGAUUAAGUAAAGGCCACGCGCGCGCGCUUUUCUGUUUUUUUUUUGUUGUUUCCGUGGUAUAUGGAUUCUAACGUGCGAGGCACGGAUGGAAGACGUGACAUUUUAGAUGAAAGAUCCGAAGAAGGAUUAUUUUAC